AUUAUGAACGAAAAUAGCUUUCAUUCAACUCAGUAGUACAGAUUAUUCUCAGGGCUUUUCAAUAUUGCUUUUUAAAAUAUUUCUUUAUAGUCAUCUUAGUAAUUCAGCUGAAUAUGUGUUAGCUUCAGCAAAAUAUAAAAAACAUUAAUAAAGUGAACAUGCCCUUACAUAUAAAUUGGUAUUUGAAUUUGUGAACCAAGUGAUUAUAAUUAUCCUCGAAUACAAUGAGAUUAUAGAAUAAGUGAAAUGUUUUGUUAAAUACUUUUAUAAAAAAUAUCAAGAUGAUGCAGCCAACAUCAGAAAGCUGUAUGAAUAUAGCAGAACUAGCAAACCAAUUAAGGAGAGAGAAAAUCUUUAUAAAUUCCGAAAGGCAAUUGAUACAGAAUCUCAAUGAAGAGGUGGAGAAAACUGUCUUGGAACUGUUGCAAGCUGCCUGGAUAUGUUCACAACAGCGGCAGAAUCUAAACAACCUGAUCAGCUCAAGGAGUGAGGCAGAGUCGGUAGCAGCUUGUCAGAAAGCAAGUCUACUAGAAAACACCACUUUCAUUGAUGCACAAAAAGUUUUGAAAUACAAAGAAGUACAAGCCUUAGGAGAGUUGCUAGGAUGGCUUCGGAACACACCAAACCUCAUGGCUCUGUGCCUCAUACUGGGGGAGGAUCACAUGCCAUUGAGUCUUCCUUCGUCUUUGGCCGCCGGGCUGUAUGGGAGCUGUCGGUCUCCAUCUGAUCGAACACGCAUGUUGGCCGUGCUGCGAUCGCUUAUCAAGUAUCAAAUGGCCCCAUCUGCAGACCCGAGGAAGGUGAUUCGUAGUAACAAGUCGUCUCUGGCGCUGCUGUACUCCGUGUUCCGCGACAACCACGCCCCCACGCGGCAGUUCCUCCGCACGGUGUUGCGCGCGCCCGUACUGGCCGUGCUCACUGAGGACGAGUUCUUCCUCGACGUAGACCCCGAUAAGGCAAUGGAGCGAUUCACUCCCGCUGAUCGUGCUAAGAAGUUUGGUCAACCGAACACCACCGAAUACAACACUAAGGUGGCCCGCUAUCGAAAGUGGACGGUGCAGUCGUUGUACAACCUCACCAACAAGUUCAUCGCCUCCCUGAAGGAGAACUGGUCGACCUUCCCCUCCUCCAUAGCCUGGAUUGUACAGCAGGUCGUGCAUCUGCUCAAACAGAAUUCCAGGAGCACGGACCGCGACAUCCACACUAUAUGCAGCGAGUUAGUCCUGGGUCAGCUGCUGUGUCCGGCGGUGGUGAACCCGGAGUCCCACGGGGUCCUCUCCGCCCCCGUCUCGUACAUCGCCCGCUUCAACCUGCUGCAGAUCGCUCAGAUACUACAGAUGCUCAGUCUGGCAAAGUACCAGGAGGUGGAGCCGAAGGUCCGCGACCUGUAUAUGAAGUUCGAGCGGUCGUGUGUGUGGUCGCUGGUGGACAGUGUGGGCGGCAGCGCCUUCGCCCCCACCACGCUGGUGCCUCCGCCAGAGACCCCACUGAGAACCGACGCUCCGCCCCCCGCCACGGUCGCGCUAUACACGCCACAGGACGCUCACCUACUGAUAACAUUCCUAAGAAAGAUCUCGUCCAAACUAAACAACAACAACCAGAACCCCAGCGAGGAGAGAGCUAACGGAGCUGCGGACAACGCUGUCGACUCUGGGUUUAGUGAGCAUGUUCGUGACCAGAGCAAUGGUGGUGCGGGCUGCGGCCGCCUGGAGGCGCUGGUGGCCAACAACGACCCCAACUACCGCUCCAGGCUGCACGACCUCCUACGAAAGAUGCCAGACUUCGCCGCACUACGGCCUUCGCCGGUGGAGUGUCGCGAGUGGUCGGAAGGCGGACGGCGAGGUCUGCUCGGACGACGGCGGAGAGAGGAGCUUCACAGGGACGAGCUCGAAGUACUCGUGGUGAAGAUACACGAGAUGAACGAGAACGAAUAUGUCGGAUUGAUUCCGGAGUCCAAGGUCUUAGAGAACUACUACGGCGAGACGGAGGGAGACGAGGCCGGGGCACUCGUCGCCGCCGCCGCACCCGUACAGAAACGAACGAGAUUCUCAGUGUCCCAUGACGAGGUAUCGUUGGGGAACACUUCAGACAACCUGGAGGCCGUGUCUGAAGCGGCCUCCAACCACAGCGUCACCUCCAGCCUGGAGCUGGAGACAGAGGAUCAGAACGACAACCUGUCCGACAUGGUGUCAGCGAACGUGAGCGGUCGCGGCAGUCCUAACAUAUCUGGUCGAGAGACGCCUUCCUCGCAGGUGACGGACGGAGACCCGGCUGCCGACCAGGCCCUUAGACGCAUCCCAGCCAACGCGCCCGCCAGCCAGGCCGUGAGCGUCGCGCACGCCAAGAUGCUGAAGCAGGCUAGGAACGACAUAGAGGACAAGUUCUGCAAGUUCGAGAUCAAGAAGCUGCUGGAGGGAGACGAGACCAUCAGCAUCAUGUCGGACACGUGGAGCACGGACGUGCUCGCCUCCGACUCGGAGACCAUCGGCGACUCGUGUGACACCACACAGGCGGCGGCCGGACAGGGAUCCAGCGCCAACACCAUCGCCCCGGACGUGUCCGAGACGGCCAGCGAGUCCGCCUGGAGCGUGGACGUCCUGGCCUCCGACAGCGACAGGAACACUGAGGUCGACACUGAUGACUGCGUGUCUGUGGCGGCUCGGUCCGACACCUCCUGGCCCCGGCGAGCCUCGCACCACGACGACCUCACACGAAGACAUCUAGCACAGAACGGUGUCAUGAAGCGGCCGGACCUCAACAGCCCCCGACACUCCUCAGCGGCACAGCUGCCUAACAGGAGCGGGAUAUACCUGAGCGCGACCGCGGCGUUGUCCCGGGGCGGGGAGCUGGACCUGUCCGCGCCCUACGACCACAGGAAGAGCAUCCUCGUUAACGGAUAUCCGGUGAUGACCUGUUACGCGUCAGCCCCCGAGAGCCCCAGCACUGCGCCCCCUCUGACCAACGAUGUGUUCGACUACCCUCAAAACAACGGCGGGAGUUCCUCGUCCACGAUAGAGGGCGGGCCAGCGGAGGCGCCCGAGGCCGAGGUCUCCUCAGAGGCGGGCCGGUCCUCGUGCUCCACGGCGGGACCGAUGGGGAGCGGAGCACCCGGCUCGGACGCCACCAGCCAGUGGGUGGACGACAGCUUCCCCGACAAGUAUCUGCCCUCCACGUGUAAAGGAUACGAGGAUAAUGAAAUGGACAGGUCAUUGAACUCGAGCGAGAGUUCAUUUAACGCGAUGUCAGCGUCUCAGUACGACAGGAGGUUCGAGCCGGGGCCGGAGGCCGAGCGGGCCGAGCGACGGGAACCGGAACCGGAGCCCGGGCGCUCCUUGACGGAGCUGGUGACGCGCAUGAGCGCCGCCAGCGUCAGCUCCAACAUCGCCAGUAUAACGAGAGCCGCCAGGACCGAGAUCCGGACCAGCAUCGUCAACAUCAGCUCCUCGAGGAUCGACAAGAAGACCAGUGACGUGUCGCUGAGCACGUUGUCCGUCAACAGCGAGAACUCCACGUCGGACCGCAGCUCCAGCCAGGACGUGAACUCGGACAACGUAACCGAGCGCCGGGUCAGCCCGCCGCCCAAGACCUCCACCGGCGCCAUUCCCAAGAGCAUCUCCUUCGAUGCCACCGCCGAGAAAUCUCAACGUCGCCGCAUGAUCGGCGAGGAGGGUCUGGUGGGGAACCUGGACGAGCUCAAGAACAACGUGAAGCGCUCCGGGGGGAACCUGCUGCACAAGAUUAAGAUGUUCAGACACAAGGCCCGGACACACCAUGGAGAUAUGAAGGUGUCUACUGAAGAGGUUUCCGUGGAAGAGAGGAGCGAGCGAGACGGGGAGAGCUCGGAGGAAAUACUCGCCAAGUACAGGCGAGCGGCCGACAGCGCUCCGAGACGACCACGACACGACAACAACACGCAAGCCGUCACGACACACGACUUGGAGCGCUGUGAGGGUGCGGUGGACCUGAACGACCCCGAGGUGUUCAACAACAUGAAGAGGCGGCUGCGAAUAGUGCUCUCCAACAUAGACCUGCACUGCGUGGACUACGUACCGAACCGCUGUACGAGCGCGUCCCUGUCGGAGUGGUGUCGCGCGGGCAGCAGUGCGGAGUGCGCGGCCAUGAGCCGUGCUCUGCUGAGCGGGGCGGGCGGGGAGGAGGGCGCGGCGCGGAUCGUUCGUCUCGCGGCCUCGCUCCGGGCGGACCUCGCCUCCCGCCGCCCGUACGCCGCCUACCUCGCCUCCUGCCGCGCCUCGCUCGCGCACGCGCUAUACAUGCUGCAGACCGAGGUGAAGGCUAUCCGCCGUGAGUGCGAACGAUGGCUGCGGGCAGCGGCCGCGGCCAGGGUCCGGGAGCAGCUGGAGCGAGGGUCUUCGCUGAGGCGGCUGGCGCAUCACACCACACAACACGCACACGCUCUACUACACGGUGGGGAGUUGAUCGACGAGAGAGCGAUGCGGCUGACUGCCAGCAUCAAGGCUAUCACGGCCGAGAUCAAAAGCGACCCGUCCUGGGAAGGCGCCUCCGGCGUCAUGAUGGAAGGUCUGGAGCGCACCGUGGAGAGAGCCGUCUAUACCAGGCUCUACCUGCACGUGAUGUUCCCCAACGGAGACGGAGACAUCGCAAGGGAUCAGGUGUUCAGCGAGCACAUCCGCCGCGUGUUGUCUGUGAGCGGCGGCGCCGGUGGCGUGGGCGUGGCAGCUCGUCACCUGUGGGCGGCGCCCUUCCCCCACGCCCAGCAGCAGCUGCGAGCCCUGUCCGCUCACCGCACUCCGUCGGACAAGCUGCGCUGCGUGCUGCGCUGCGUGCGCUCUCUGCUGGCCACCCUGGCGCUGUCCACGCCCGACCCGCCCGCCGCCGACGACCUCACACCCGCCCUCGUAUACGUCAUACUCAAGGUGAACCCGCCGUCCCUGCUGUCGACCCUGGAGCUGGUGAACGCUCUGUCCGGUUCGUCACUCCAGGGCGAGUCUCUGUACUGGUGGACUCAAUUCUGCGCCGCCGUCGCCUACAUCAAGACCAUGGACUACCCGCAGACGACCGGCUCACACACACACGCGCACGACUCCUAGCACCAGACGGCGCUGAUGUCAGCGCGCAACAACGAAUUUGCACCCAACGUAUUCCGCGGCCUGCUCCGCCGCCGCCGGAACACUCUCUGAACGAUUCCGCUUCAAACAUUAAAUAAUCAUCAUGUAUAAUCUCGAAAUAUAUAAAAAAAUAAGUAUAAGUGCAAAAAAAUAAUCAUGCUGUGUAGUAUAUAAUCGUCUAAUAACUUAUUGAACUGUGAGGAACCCACGGAGCCGGCUUUAAAGAUUUCACUCGUGUUUAUAUACCUUCGUGAUCUAUUCUUCGGUUGUUGCGGGUCACACGAUCCGCUCUCGGUUCAUCACAACCAAACAGCAGAACAUCUCUACUAAUUCAGUGAAUGUAGUAUAUCAUAUAAUAUUUGUAAGUAGCACAAAACUAAUGUUCGUUUUACCUGAAGAGUAAAAAUAAUCUCGACUAAGUUAAAGUAAUGUAUGGAUGAGCUUAUAUCGACUUUUAAAACGAGUGUGACUCGUAGCGAGUUCGGAUCACUAACAUCGGAACAGCCUGUAGAUGCGUGCGAUAGAAUUUAAAUGUAGCUACUCCUGUGGUAUCGCGGGCCUAAAGUAUAUAGAAGAUCAAAUCUGUACAUAAACGAUCCAUUCUAAAUAUAUCGCUUUAAUAUUAGGUUAUACUGAUAUAUAUAUACAGUUGAGCGAAGUCCACGAGCGAGACGUGGUUCGUAACAGGAGGCCUCUGAACGUCGUCUGUGAUCGAAGCGUUGAUGUUCUAGGGAAUGUAUUUUUGGAUGGUUUUGUAUCUACGAGGGAACGCCUUAUCUAUUUCUCGGUAGUUCCUUGCGAUGCGCCGGACGGUGUAAAUAUCUUUUCUCUAUUUAUUGUAAUGGCCUCAUAAAGGAGUUUUUGAACGUUUACUGAGAACUGUGUCAUUAACAUUGUAGUGCUUAUUUGAGACUAUAAAACUUUCUUCCUAGGAAUAUAAAACCUUUCCUCCGACCACGUUAUAUCAAUUGUUAAUUCAUAGCAUUUCCCUUCACAUGUAUUAGGUUUUUUUUUAUGUAUCAAGUCUGUAAUAAAGUCCACACUGGUCUGAAAACAUUUGCAUGUUAGUCUUAAGUUCAGUCUGUAAAACCAAAUUUACUUGGACUUUAAAUCUCAAUACAUUCCAUAUGUUUGAAAGAUCUUUUAACUUUUCUAAUAUAAAUAAGAAACAUCUAUAUAAUAAUGAAUUUAACUUCAGUGAUGAUCGGAUUUAGUAUCCUAGUUAUGUAUUAAAUUGUUUAGAGGUCUCAUAAAAUACUUUGAAGCAAACUCGACAAUAGUGUCUUGUUCUUAUGCAUGUACUCUAUAUUAACUUUACCUCUCAAACAUCUUGCCUAGAAUGUUAUAUAGGCUGCAGUCUACAUCGGUCACUGUUUUAUCAUUCAGUUAUUGUAUAAUCAGAGCAAUCUAAUAUAUGACAUAGCAGUUA